CCCUGGUGGAGUGCAAGAGCGGCUACGGCCUCGCCCUGGACGCCGAGCUCAAGAUGCUGCGUGUGAUCGAGCGCGCGCGGCGGGAGCUGCCCAUGGGCAUCUCGGCCACUUACUGCGGGGCGCACUCGGUGCCCAGUGGAAAAACUGCCCUGGAAGCGGCUGAUGACAUCGUCAGUAAUCACCUCCCCAAGCUGAAGGAACUCCGCAGGAGUGGGGAGAUACACCUCGACAACAUAGACGUGUUCUGUGAGGAGGGCGUCUUUGAUCUGGCUUCCACAGGAAGGAUUCUGCAGAGCGGAAAAGAGAUGGGGUUGCAGAUCAACUUCCACGGCGAUGAGCUGCAUCCUAUGAAGGCUGCUGAGCUUGGGGCAGAGCUGGGAGCCCUGGCGGUCAGCCACCUGGAGGAGGUGAGUGAUGAAGGCAUUGCUGCCAUGGCAACGGCAGGGUGCUCCGCCAUCCUGCUGCCCAGCACGGCGUACAUGCUGAGACUGAAGCAGCCUAGAGCCAGAAAGAUGUUAGAUGAAGGGGUCAUAGUUGCCCUGGGCAGUGAUUUCAACCCUAAUGCAUACUGCUUUUCAAUGCCGAUGGUCAUGCAUCUGGCCUGUGUGAACAUGAGAAUGUCCAUGCCCGAGGCCUUGGCUGCGGCCACCAUCAAUGCGGCUUAUGCUCUGGGAAAAUCACACACACAUGGAUCUUUGGAAGUUGGCAAACAGGGGGAUUUCAUUAUCAUCAAUGCAUCCAGAUGGGAGCAUCUGAUUUACCAGUUUGGAGGCCAUCAUGAAUUAAUUGAAUAUGUUAUAGUUAAAGGAAAAGUCGUCUAUAAAAAGUGAUAGAAUUGCAAGGAAAGAAAAGGUAUUUUACAUGUAUCAAAUAAGUCAGUACAGCUAUUACACCCUACAAGUCCUUUAGAUAAGUGAAAAUUCUUUAGCAGUUUACCAGAGCUAUGCCACUUUAAAUAUAUUUCAGUUGUCUUGUUAAUUCACUUAACAAAACUCAGGUGGUUGAUUUAUUUGAUUUGAACGUGUGCACAGGAACAUAUAAACAAGUAAAUUGCUAUUGGUGAAUCAUUAAAUUGUUUCACAAAUAAUUUUUAGAAGUGUUCUGAAGAUCAAUACAAUGGAAUAUCACAAAAAUGCCUUUGUGGAAAAACCACACUUGGCUUGAAAUUUCCAUUUUGUUUUCAGACCUCAGUUCUCCUUUUUUAAGCUGUAUUUCAUGACCAUUGGGGAAUGGAAAGAAAUCUGGAUGUUAUGCCCCAAAUUAAGCUCAAUAUGUUUUUCUAGUAAGCAAAUAGUAUUUUCUUUUCCCACACAGUUUGAGUUUCAAGAUACUUUUCAAAUGAAUUCAUGUGUAUAGUGUAUGGGGGGGCUGUUCUUCCACUUCUAAAGUCUUUUCAUCCCUAGCAAUGAAAUUUGACAGCAGAACUGAAGACUUGUCAUUUUACACAGAGUUGCAGGAGCCUUUUUGUAGUAGACGCAUUUUAAUCAACUCAAAAUAUUAAUUCUUGAAAUUGUUUUAAUGUUUUCAAUUUUGCGCACCACAUUGUAUGAAAAACAUAUUACAGAUCU